AUGGAUGCCGACCAAGCUACAUUUGCCAGUGCCAUCCAAGAGGCAGAGAACCAGCGAACAAAGCUGGUUGUUCACAACAUCCGCACCCACACGGCCCGGGAUGUUUAUGUGACACCGCGGCGCUGGGGUGGUGCUGGUCUUUUGGGUGCUGUUGUUCGUUAUGAUACUCUCGAGAGCGCGGAAGGGCAGGGCAUGCGGGUGCUGAGCGUCUUCCCAAAUUCACCGGCAGAAGCUGCCGGUUUAGUGCCGAACAAGGACUUCCUCCUCGGAACGACGGAAGUCAUGUUCAGGGACAUGGACGAGCUGACAGAGGUGGUGAACCUUUACAUGGGCACAGAGUUGAAGAUUUAUGUCUACAACAUCGAAGCAGAGAACAUCAGGGAGGUCGUGAUUGUUCCAUCGACACAAUGGGGCGGUGAUGGUGCGAUUGGUGCUGACAUCAGGACUGGCCUUCUUCAUCGCAUUCCCGCACCGAGGCGUGCGCUCAAUAUCCAGCCACAAGCCGCUGCAGAAGCGCGGCAGACAGAAACAGGUGGCAAUCGCGCGCAGACUCUGCCCCUGCCCCACGACAUCCAGGCAGGUUCCAUGGAGCGGCCGCCGGCCAAUCCAGUGGACUUGCAGCAGGUGCAGCCUUUGUUGGCACAGGUGCAGAGUCAGCUGCAGCAGCUGCAAGACCUCCAGCUGAGUCAGGGUCACUUGACCGACGUCCAGCAGGAACAUUUUCGGCAACUCGUGCGCAUGCAGCAGCUGCUGCAGUCGCACAUCGCGCAACAAGCACAACAGAUGGAUACAUCAACGCCAGCGGUUCAAGCUCUAUCCGCUGAUGAAGUUCAGCAUCAGGAUCAAGUUGAGGCAAACGUUGUCGCAGAAAACGGCUCCGAGGCAUCUACAGUGCCAAACGGGCACGGCAUUCAAGAUACUCCCGUACGGCGUGGACGCGAGAGGUCGCCGGUCUUUCAGUUGCCCGCCGCAGCCAAGGCAGCCGCGGCUUUGCCGCCUUCUCCCCUCGACAUGCUUGCGCCGGGCAUCAUCUACGAAACAGCUGUUUCGUAA